AUGAAGUUCCUCUGUGUUGCUCUCGCCUUGAUGGCUGCUUCCAGCGUGCAGGCCGUCCACGUCGACAAGUGGUGCUCCCACCCCGGCCAGGGCUGCUACAUGAUGAAGCGUACCGCCGAUGCCUCCUUCGAGGUCAAGCGUUCUGCUGAGGCUCUUGCCGAUGCGAUGGCCGAAGCCCACCCCGUUGCUCAGAAGUGGUGUGCCCAUCCUGGUCAGGGAUGUGCCAAGGUUAAGCGUGCUGCCGAGGCCGUUGAUGAGGUUAAGCGCUCUGCCGAUGCCCUCGCUGAGGCUAUGGCUGCCCUUGAUGAGGAGUAA